CCUUCAUCAUCAAACAAAUACUCUUUCUGUCUUGUCAAACAUUAGCUAAUUCUCCACCCAGACAUACUAAAUCAGCUUCGAAAUGGCCACUCCGGCACCGCAGCCAGCACACUCGAAGGUGCUUCGCAGCAUUGCUGUAGUCUUGCUUGCCCUGAUUGUACUGGUAGGUGUAGCAGUGCUCAUCACUUGGCUGGUAAUUAGGCCUAAACAACUUGUUUACACAGUUGAAGAUAGUUCAGUCCAUAAUUUCAACUUAGGUACUCAUGACCAACUCAAUGCCACCUUCAAUUUUGCCAUUAGAUCCUAUAAUCCCAACAGUAGAGUCUCCAUAUACUAUGACUCAAUCCAAGUGUCUGUAGAGUAUGAUGAUCAAACCAUAGCUUUAAACAUUGUUGAUCCUUACUUUCAACCUCAUCGAAACGUGACCCGCUUGGAGGUCAAUCUCACAGCUCAAAAUGUAUCACUGUCCGGGUCGACAGCUCGGGACCUUAAGAUCGAGAAAUCAUCAGGGGAGGUUGAAUUAGAUGUUCUGCUGAAGGCAAAGAUACGUUAUAAGGUGGGAAGGUGGAAGUCUGCACAUCAUACUUUGAGGAUCUGGUGUUCCCCUGUGUUGGUACACUUCUCUAGGUCCAAGAGUUUUGAAAGGACAUACUGUGAUGUUGAACUUUGAGCAUGCAUUGUUGUGGGUUUCUGUGACUCGAAUUUUCUCUUGGCUUGGUAAUUUGGAAUGUGCUUAGUUUCCCAUGCUUGCCAUCAUGUAGUCAUACAAAAAAAGAUAAUUUUCUUUGCUUUGUUUUCAUCUGCAUGGAUGUGGGUGAGAUUAAUCAUUUAUUGGUGUAAAUUUGCAUUAACAGAUUUCGAUUGUACUACAUUUUCCUUCUCAAAGCCUUUGUGAU